AUGCUUGGUAUUCUAAAGAGCAGAUCAUUUGUAUAUGCCAGACCAGCACUAAUACGUCCCUUCCUUGCUGUCACAUCUAGAGGUUUGCUUAAGUUAUCAACUACUCAAUAUGCAAGAUUCCUUCAUAUUUCGUCAAGGCAUUUAAAAUCUUCAAAAGACAAUAUCGAUACUGAGAGAAAUGGUACUAAUACACAAACCGACGGAAGUAGACAUCUUGGCACUUUUAAAGUAGACCAGCCACAGUUAAUGAUUGCGUUUACGUGUAAAAAAUGUGAUAAUAGGUCAUCUCAUACUAUGUCCAAACAAGCUUACACAAAGGGUACCGUACUAAUAACUUGCCCUCAUUGUCAAAGCAGACAUUUAAUUGCCGAUCAUUUGAAGAUCUUUAGUGAUAAUCGCAUUACUAUCCAGGAUAUUUUAAAAGCAAAAGGUGAAUCUGUUUCUCAGUCGGUAAAUGAUCUGGUUUUUGAAGACAUUCCUGAAUCUUUAAAAAAUGUGAUUGGCCAUUAUGCAAAGGAUGCUCCAAAGAACAUGAGAGAAAAACUCGAUAAUAAAACAAUUCACAGUUUGCCGGGUGACAAAUAA